UUGAGCCUGGGGCUGGGGCUGCAUCAUUGGUUCCUCUUCUUCAGAGGCUCCCAGCUGCUUGGGGUGAGCAGCUGAUGGAUUCCCUGGCCUCCAGUGUGCAGCUGACUAUUGAGGAAGAUCCAGCUUCUGAUCCAUCCUGGUCUCUGGGAGUGACUCUGUUGGCUUCUAGUCUUUGUGGGAUCCAGGUGACAACUCUUCCAGGCCCCACAGUAUGGAUCUAAGCAGAUAUUCAAAUGGUUCACUAGAAAGAAAAAGCCGACGACAGAGGAUGAUUUUAAAUGAGCGUCAAAAGGAUAUCCUUAAUGAAUGGUUUGAAAAGAACCCCUAUCCUGGUAUAGAUACCAGAGACUAUCUGGCCAAAGUAAUUGGCGUCUCAGAGUUUCAAAUUCUGACUUGGUUUCAGAACCAGAGAACAAGGCGCAAACAACGAGAGUAUAAAUGUAACUUUGGGAAAUCUCAAACCCAGGUACAAGACAAGCCUCACUUCAAGCAGGAAGACAUGGUUUCUUAACCAAAGAGCUUGGAACCAACACCAGAGAAUAGGAGGACCUUUGGGAGCCAUGGCAGAAGGCCCACAUCAGACACCUCAUGCCA